ACCUGGUUUGCACGAUACCGAGAUGACCGAAACAAUUCAUGACUGUUCCCCUCGUUUAAAGGUCCAGUCAGCUGUUGAUGUUUGAGUUGGCAACUCGAUUUGAUUUCAGAAAAUGGCUGCUACCUGGAACUUGCAGUUGUUCUUCUCGUUAAUGGUAAUCAGUUUAGCUUUCGGCUUUGACGUCCAAUCGAAUAAAAACGGACCCGACCCAGUUGAAUUAAGCCUGUUGGAACCGGCUAUUGUGCCCGAUCCGGUUGACGGAGUAAGUCGUUGGUGGUAUACCCCUUCCCGGAAAGCUCACCUUUUCCGCCACAAUUACCCAAGCAACGUAGAAACUAAGCCCAGGCAAGGAGAGGAUUUGCGUUUACCUGGAAACAUCUUACCACGCUUGUACAAUAUCCGACUUUUACCAUUUAUCGAAGAAGGCAACUGGACAACGGACGGCUAUGUUGAAAUUUAUGUCGAAUGCAUCAUUGCAACAGUCAACAUCUCAAUCAACAGCCUUGAUCUUACAAUCGAUCAGGCUUCGAUCACGGUCACGGAUGAACAAACUGGCAAUCCCAUCCCUGUGAUCAAUUUCAUCGACGAGCAAUCGAACCUGGAGCGAAUUACGCUCCAAGUUUCUCAACCACUGACGGUCGGCAAUCGGUACAAGAUUACCAUGAAGUACAUUUCAAUCCUCAACACGUUGUUGACCGGAUUUUACCGAUCAGAUUACGAAGAGAACGGCGUAACAAAAUAUCUAGCUGUGUCUGAUUUUGAAGCUACUAGUGCUCGACGUGCCUUUCCUUGUUUCGAUGAACCGACAAUGAAAGCCAAUUUCGCCGUAACAUUGGGCCGUAAAGAAACUUGGACAUCAGCCAGCAACAUGCCGCUGAUCAGAACGGAACCUAUCGUUGGAGUGCCAGGAUUUGUCUGGGAUUACUACGAAACAUCUGUAACAAUGUCCACAUAUCUUGUAGCAUUUUUGGUGUCGGAAUUUGUUGGCAUUCCAUCAGAGCCAGGACUGAGCAAUGUGGAAUUCCGCAUUUGGGCUAGAGCGGAUGCUCGCAACCUCACUGACUAUGCACGCGAUAUCGGACCUCGCGUUUUGGAAUUCUUCGAGAGUUUCUACAACAUCGACUAUCCACUGCCGAAGCAAGAUAUGGCUGCUAUUCCGGAUUUUGCCGCCGGAGCCAUGGAAAACUGGGGAUUGAUCACCUAUAGGGAGCAAUACCUGCUCACAGAUCCAGUUACCACCAGUGCACGCUCUUUCCAAUUUGCUGCUAUUAUUAUCGCCCACGAGUUGUCCCAUCAAUGGUUUGGCAAUUUAGUUACCAUGGACUGGUGGAACGCGCUCUGGUUAAACGAAGGCUUUGCUAGUUACAUGGAGUAUAUCGGCACUGAUGCAGUUGAGCCGGAUUUUAGAAUGACGGACCAGUUUAUCCUUGAAAAUCUGCAGUACGUAUUCGGCGUGGAUGCACUGGAAACAUCUCGACCCAUCAACAUCGAAGUCAAUACUCCCGCCGAAAUCAACUCAAUGUUUGAUUCUAUUUCAUACGAAAAAGGUUCUUGCGUGAUCCGCAUGUGUGCAGACUUUAUCGGUUUCGAAGUGUUUCAGCGCGGGCUCACUCGUUACCUCAAUGAUCACGCUUAUGGCAAUGCAAACCAAGACGACUUGUGGGCAGCUUUACAAACUCAAGUUGACUUGGAGAACGUUGUCCUUCCAGCAACCAUCAAAGAGAUCAUGGACACUUGGACAUAUAAAAUGGGCUUCCCCUUUAUUACAGUAACACGCGAUUACCAAAUAGGUGGUGCUAAUGUUAAACAGGAGAGAUUUUUACUCCGGAAAAGCAACGAUUCUACCGAUCCUAUCGUCUACCAAUGGUGGGUGCCCUUAACCUACACCAGUGACUUCACUCAAGCAGCGAAAAGAGAUUGGCUCCCAGUAAGUCAAGUCAGCAAACCGUUAACUAAUCUAGGAGCUGCCGCCAAUCAAUGGGUCAUUUUCAACGUUGAACAACAAAAUUAUUACAGAGUGCUCUACGACGCUGUUAACUAUGGUUUGAUCCGUGACCAACUCAUCGCAGACCAUCAACGUUUUGCUGAUAACAACAGGGCUCAACUUCUCGAUGACGCGUUUAAUUUCGCAUUGAUCGAAUUACUUCCCUACGCCCAGGCUUUUGACCUUACGCUGUAUCUGAAAAACGAGAUUGAAUACGUGCCAUGGCAUGCAGUGCUCUCCGAGUUCAACUAUGUGGACACUAUGCUUUAUAAUUUCGCCGAAUUCCCCAGCUGGAAGAAUUAUUUGACUAGCCUUGUCGAGCCUUAUUACACCUUCAUCGGGUUCCAGGAAACCCAGGCUAAUCCCCACUUUGACAAACUGAGCCGCAUCGAUGCUGUCAAUUGGGCUUGUAGACUUGGCGUGACGGAUUGUGUCCAAAAUUCGCUUGCCGCAUACGCUACUCUAAUGGCCCAGCCAGACAACAUUGUCCAGAUUAUUUCGCCGAAUGAAAAAUCGACGGUGUUACGCACGGCCAUCGAAUACGGUGGUCAGGUCGAAUACGAUUUCGCUUUCCAGCAGUACAAGAACAAAGGUGACUCUGGCUACCUUGUGGCAAUGUGCGCCAGUAAACAAGCCACAGUAUUAACAGGAUUAUUGGAAAUGUUGUUGGAUCCCAAUUCCGGCAUCCGAUCAUCGGACGUCAACACAGUCUUCAACAACGUUGCAAAUAAUCCUAUCGGUAACGAGAUUGCUCUGGAUUUUCUGAUCAACCGCUGGGAUGACAUUCGAAAUGCGCUAGGAGUGACUUACUUUCCCGCUUGGUACCGCUACGUCUGCACUCGCCAAAACACACAAGCUGGACUUGAUAAACUGAUUCAACUACGGGAUGAUCAUUUCAUCAUUUUGGGAAAUUCAAACAGCGUCAAGCAAGGCAUUCAAACAGUUGAAACGAACAUCAAGUGGGUUUCACUGAACCAAGGAGAAAUCGGCAUAUGGCUUGCCGCCAACCAGCCCUAA